AACAGUGCUGAGUAAAGGAGAGACAAGGAAAGACGCCUGCAUGAAGACUGAGCUGCUGAAAGAUAUCACCAACAACAAAGAGGAAGGGUUUAAUGCCAUGGCUGCAGAUGAAAGUGCUACAGAAAAGCAAGCGGGGGAACCAAAAAUGGCAGUAGACGGUGAAACCAAUGGUUCCUGUGAGCACAGCGAAGCUGGUAGCCACCCAAACCCAGCUAAAAACACUCAGGACAAUACGAAAGUGAGCCAGCAGGACUCUAGUACUAAAUUAAAUAGGAUAGCGGAAAACGGCAUUUCUGAACGAGAUGGCGAGACUGGGAAGCAAAACCAUAUGAAAGCUAAUGACUUCACACAGACUUCUGUAACGGGGAGCAAUGGUUAUAUCCUAACCAAGCAGAUGGCACAGGAGCAACCUCUAAGGACUACCAGCACCUUUGCUUCUCUCACCGGCCAUGCUGCAAAAACCCUUCCAGGAGGAGCAAGCAAAGGGAGAACUAUGGGCUCCUUUUCUCAGAUGCAAGCCACGAUGCCGGCCAAGCUCGGGGAGGGCAGUAAGGACAUGGAUGCUAAAAAAGCCACCGCUGCUAACACUGAAGUCAAGGUCCACAGAGCACGGAAGACAAUGCCUAAACCCACCCCCAGCCUGCACGCAAGUAAAGACCCCAAAGAUGGGAGAGACAGCAGAGAUCAAAAAGAAUGCAAGGAGGAAGGCAACAAAACCAUCCUGGAGUUUGGGAAGCCGUUGCCGUUGCCCUCUCUCCCGGGCCUUCACCAGUCACUACCUCAGAACCAGAGCUAUGUGGCCACCACAAAGUCGCAGACAGCUGCUGCAGUAUCUCGGAAGAAAAAACGGAGAAUGGGAACCUAUAGCCUGGUUCCCAAGAAAAAGACCAAAGUGUUAAAACAGAGAACAAUGAUUGAGAUGUUUAAGAGCAUAACUCAUUCCUCUGCGGGUGCCAAGAGUGAAAAAGAUCUGGGUGAUGCCAGCCCUCACGUGAACGGGGAAAGCAUAGAGGUAGACUCUGAAGAGGAAGACUCUGAUGAGUUGGAAGAUGAUGACGAUCAUGGAGCAGAACAGGCAGCUGUGUUUCCUGCAGAUGAUAACAGGACUUCUAAAGACAGCGCAUCCGAUGCAGACAAUGCCAGAAAGAUUGAUGAUGGCGAGUCUGAGGAGGAACAGGAGUCUGGAGAGUCUGGGGAGGAGGAGGAGGAUGGAGAUGAGUCUGACUUGAGCUCGGAGUCCAGCGUCAAGAAGAAGCUGCUGAAGAGGAAAGGAAAGACGGACAGUCCAUGGCUGAAACCCACCCGCAAGAGGAGACGGAGGAAUAAAAAGAAACAAGCCAGUAUGCUAG